AUUGACUUCAUCGUCACUUCUCCAGCUUCCUCCUCCAUCCACCACUCCAUCCCCCCCAAUUGCCCACCAUGGCGUCUCGCGAAGCUCGAUUCCACAAACAGGUCCUGAUCGACACCACCCCCCUCCCGGACCACAUCCCCAAGGUCAAGGAGAUCGGAGCCAGCUCGGCCCCGUUGAUGAGCGCGUCGUUCUUCAUCGGCGCAAGAUGCAGGGCAUAUAAUGAUGACUAUAUGCAGUGUAAGACGGAGGCGCAUGGGACGGGGGAGGUGGAUUGCAUGCGCGAGGGGAGGAAGGUCACGCGGUGUGCGGCGAGCGUGAUCGACGAUAUCAAUAAGCACUGCCUCCAACAAUUCCGCGCCCACUGGCAAUGUCUCGAGGACAACAAUCAACAAAUGUGGAACUGCCGCACCGCCGAACGCCCGUUCAACAAGUGCGUGUUCGACAACCUCAAACUGGAAAAAGUCAUCCCCGGCACCCCCCCGAAUGUCGUCCCGGUGCACCAGAGGAGAAAGCAGAUUUUCGCAGAUAACGAUCAGUCGAAGGAUUUGGUGUUUCCGACGACGAAGGCAAAGACGGCGGAUACGAAGGCGACGGCAUAAGGAAGGGGUGGAGGGAAACGUGGAGGAGAUUCGGAAAAUCAAGCCGUGGGAAGAAGCAGUCUGUACGUGGCUUUAGGAAGGUUGCAGAGAGCAGACGGGUCUGGAGAUCUUGUAUGAAUAUUUCUAGACGUGGGAUCUACCAAGAUCCAGAACCGACUACAGCGAGGUCGUGGAACAUAAUCGCUGCUUCCAAAUAAGCAAUUCAUAAACGAAACGCCCAAACCACCCAUCAACCUAACCCAAACCAAUACCUCCACCCCUAAAGAAAAUCUUAUCCCUCCUCCUCCUCCCAUCCCACUAACCGCCGCUCCGUCAACCCCCUUAUCCUCUCCCCCAACCCGUCCCUCCCAUAC